UGAGAGUCCUCCGGGCGAGGUCUCCCGGGGGCCGGCGGCUCCGGGGCGCUCACGGGGCUCCCAGGACUCAGUGGUGCGCGGACCUGGGUCUUUACGGCGCGUCCUGCCCAAGUCUCGCGAGAGCACGGCGGCAGGUCUCGCGAUUCGCGGGCGCGGGCGCCGAGGAGGGAGAUCUGAGCGGCGGCGGCGAUCGCCCGGGUCUGAGGUUAGCUCCCUGGCGCCGGGGUCCACGGUGGGCGCAGCAAAGUGGCCAUGGAUGACCUGGGGGAAAACACCACUGUGCUGUCCACGCUGCGGUCUUUGAACAACUUCAUCUCUCAGCGGGUGGAGGCUGGGUCUGGCCUGGAUGCUGUCACCUCCGCCCCAGGUUCUCUGCAGACACAGUAUCAGCAGAGCAUGCAGCUGGAGGAACGAGCGGAGCGGAUCCGUUCCAAGUCCCAGGUGGUCCAGGUGGAGCGGGAGAAGAUGCAGAUGGAGCUGAGCCACAAGAGAGCACGAGUGGAGCUGGAGCGGGCGGCCAGCACCAGUGCCAGGUGCUACGAGCGCGAGGUGGACCGCAACCAGGAGCUGUUGACGCGCAUUCGGCAGCUGCAGGAGCGGGAGGCUGAGGCGGAGGAGAAGAUGAAGGAGCAGCUGGAGCGCCAUAGGCUGUGUGAGCAGAGCCUGGCCACUGCCGGCCAGAAGCUGCGGGAGAAGGAGGACGGCCUUGCUGCGGCCAGGGAGACCAUCAGCACGCUGAAUGGGAGGGUCUCCGAGUUGCAGUGGAGCGUGAUGAACCAGGAGAUGCAGGUGAAGAGCCUGGAGUCUGAGAAGCAAGAGCUCAAGGAGCAGCUGGCCUUGCAGCACAAGAAAUGUCAGGAGGCUAAUCAGAAGGUUCAGGAGCUCCAGGCCAGCCAGGAAGCCAGGGCCGACCAGGAGCAGAGGAUCAGGGAUCUGGAACAGAAGCUGUCCCUGCAGGAACAGGAUGCCACAGUCGUGAAGAAUAUGAAGUCGGAGCUGGUGCGGCUGCCCAAGCUGGAGAGGGAGCUGAAGCAGCUGCGGGAGGAGAGCGCCUACCUGCGGGAGAUGCGGGAGACCAACGGGCUGCUCCGGGAGGAGCUGGAGGGGCUGCGGCGGCGGCUGGGACGCCAGGAGAAGCUGCAGGAAAGUCUGGUCGUCCUGCAGCUGGAGAAGGAGAAGCUGCUGGCAAAACUGCAGAGCUGGGAGCGGCUGGAGCAGACCACGGGCUUGAGCAUCAGAACCCCGGAAGACCUGUCCAGGUUUGUUGUUGAGCUGCAGCAGCGGGAGCUGGCCUUGCAGGACCGGAACAACACCAUCACCACCAGCGCCCGCGGGCUGGAGAAGGCUCGGCAGCAGCUCCAGGAGGAGGUCCGCCAGGUCAGCAGCCAGCUGCUGGAGGAGAGGAAGAAGCGGGAGACGCAGGAGGCCUUGGCGCGGAGACUCCAGAAGCGGGUCCUGCUGCUGACGAAGGAGCGGGACGGCAUGCGCGCCAUCCUGGGUUCCUACGACAGUGAGCUGACUGCAGCCGAGUACUCGCCCCAGCUGACGCGUCGCAUGCGUGAGGCCGAGGACAUGGUGCAGAAAGUGCACGCGCACAAUUCGGAGAUGGAGGCUCAGCUGUCACAGGCCCUGGAGGAGCUGGGAGGCCAGAAGCAACGAGCAGACAUGCUGGAGAUGGAGGUGAAGAUGCUGCAGUCCCAGACCAGUGCUGCAGAGCAGAGCUUCCCGCUGUCCAGGGAGGAGGCCAGCUCACUCCGGUUGAAGAUUGAGGAACUGGAAGGGGAGCGCAGUCGUCUGGAAGAAGACAAGAAGAUGCUGGAAAUGCAGCUCGAGCGGUUCACCCUGCAGGGUGGCUACGACCAGAGCAGGACCAAAGUGCUGCACAUGAGCAUGAACCCGGCCAGCGCGGCCAAGCAGCGGCUCCGCAAGGACCAGGCCCGGCUGCAGGAGGAGUGUGAGCAGCUGCGGGAGCUCGUGCGCGCCCUGGAGCGAGGCGGCCCUGUCCCCGCUGACCUGGAGGCUGCCGCAAGUCUGCCUUCGUCCAAGGAACUAACAGAGCUGAGGAAGCAGGUGGAGAGCGCCGAGUUGAAGAACCAGCGGCUCAAGGAGGUCUUUCAGACUAAGAUCCAGGAGUUCCGGAAAGUCUGCUAUGCGCUCACUGGCUACCAGAUUGACAUCACGACAGAGAACCAGUACCGGCUGACGUCCAUGUACGCCGAGCACAAAGCCGACUGCCUCAUCUUCAAGGCCACGGGACCGUCGGGCGCCAAGAUGCAGCUGCUGGAGACGGCGUUCUCGAGCUCUGUGCAGGAGCUCAUCGAGCUGCACCUGCUGCGGCAAGACAGCAUCCCGGCCUUCCUCAGUGCCCUCACCCUCGACCUCUUCAGCCGCCAGACCGUGGCCUAGCCUGCGCCCAACGCCCGGCGGCAGCUGACCAGUCAGCUCCACGGGGGAGGCAGGCAGCCACUCCCCCGACGCCCCCAGUCCAGCUCCGGGGCCACACACUGGCCCUCCUCCCAGGAGCCCUGUGGGUGUCCCCUGGAGCCAGCGGGUGGCCGAGCUGCCAGAGAGACAGAGGAAUCCACCCUCCCCCACCCCCAGUACGUGCGCUGUGGCAGGUCCAGAUGAGGCCUGGGGGCCGUGUGGUCUCCCCUCCCCAGUGUGGGCUGCUGGCCGACAUCCCUGCUCCUCAUGAAAUAAAUUUUGCUCCUUGGCCACCC